AAAAAGUAAUAUCAGAGUAAUAGAGUGGUACCUAAUGAAUUGUUUAAUAUUUAAUGAUAAAUAAAUGGAUUUUUGUUUGUAAUCAUUAUUUUUAGUAUCAAUUUUGGUUUACGCUAGCAUUCAUAAUAUUGUAGUAAUCAAAUUAGUGUUCAGCUUAUUAAUUGAUGCAAAUUGUUUUCAUGUCAUCAAUUAACGCCCAAACUCUUUAAGUAUAAAUAAUAAAUUUAAUUGCCAUUCACCACAGAAUAUUCAACGGUAGAGAUCCGACACUAAUGGUCGCCGAACCGGAACUACUCAAACAAAUUCUGGUCAAAGAGUUUCAUAAGUUUUCAAAUCGCCGGGAACUGCGGACAGAGCACCCGAUCAUCAAUAAAAACCUCUUCAACUCGAUGGGCGAGGACUGGAAACGUAUGCGAACUAUAGUUAGUCCCACGUUCUCGUCGGGAAAGCUGCGGAAAAUGUAUCAUUUAGUCGAGCAGUGUCUCGAGGAGUACCUGGGACACUUGGAUGUGAUGGCAAAGGAUGGCAAGUAUAUCAACGCCAAGCUUCUGCACCAGAACUUCACGUUUGAUGUGAUCGCGAAGUGUGCCUUCGCUACGAAAACCAACUCACAGAAGGAUCCCAACAAUAAAUUGGUGGCCGCCGGCCGUAAAGUCUUCAUAUUCAGCGCUAUUAAGAUGAUCCCGGCCUUUAUUUUCCCGAAAUUUCUAAACAAAAUGCUGAAUAUAAGGACUAAUUUGGUGGAGGCGCCCAAUGAAUUCAUAUUUGAUUUGACGAAACAUAUGCUGAAGAAGAGACGCGACGGAGAGAAAAGUAACGAUUUCUUGCAACUACUCGUCGACGCCAACGCCACCGAUAAUAAUAAUAAUAAUAACAACAAAGACCUGUCGGCCGAUAAAAUGGACUCCCAUCACUUCAUUGAAGGCGAAGACGAAAUCGCGGCCGCGAAGCGAACUUUUAACACGAAUUUCGCGAACAAAACCCUAACCGAGGAUGAGAUCAUAGCCCAGUCGUGGCUCUUCUUAUUGGCCGGCUUUGAAACAACGGCCACUACUUUAGGGCACUUGUCGUACGAGUUGGGCCUCAAUCCGGACGUCCAGGAGAAGCUCCACAAUGAGGUGAUCAAUGCGUUUGAUUUGGACGGAAAGAUCAAUUACGAGACCCUCCAGAGUCUGCCGUAUUUGGAUGCCAUCAUCAGUGAGACCCUGCGUAUGUAUCCGGCGUUGGCGCGACUGGAACGGGAAGCCGGCGAGGAUGUUAAGUUGGGCGACACCGGGAUCACCGUAUUUAAGGGCCAAUUGAUCGAGAUUCCCGUCUAUGCCAUACAUCGGUCGGAGAGGUACUACAAAAACGCCGACACAUUCACGCCCGAGAGGUUUAUGCCGGAAAAUCGCAAGGAUUUAGUGCCCUAUGCCUACAUGCCCUUUGGCACCGGCCCUCGCAAUUGCAUUGGUAUGCGGUUCGCCUUAAUGGAGAUGAAGCUCUGUAUCGCUCACAUCGUAAAAAGGUUUCGGUUCACGAAGUGCGCCGACACUGAAAUGCCCAUCAAAUUCAUGAAUCUAACGCCUUUGAUGACCGCCGAGAAUCCGACACUAAUGGUCGCAGAACCGGAACUACUUAAACAAAUUCUGGUCAAAGAGUUUCAUAAGUUUUCAAAUCGCCGGGAACUGAGGACAGAGCACCCGAUCAUCAAUAAAAACCUCUUCAACUCGAUGGGCGAGGACUGGAAACGUAUGCGAACUAUAGUUAGUCCCACGUUUUCGUCGGGAAAGCUGCGGAAAAUGUAUCAUUUGGUGGAGCAGUCUCUCGAGGAGUACCUGGGACACUUGGACGUAAUGGCCAGGGAUGGCAAGUAUAUCAAUGCUAAGGUCCUCCACCAGAACUUCACGUUUGAUGUGAUCGCGAAGUGCGCCUUUGCCACCAAAACAAACUCACAGAAGGAUCCCAACAACAAGUUGGUGGCCAACGGCCGUAAAGUCUUCAUAUUCAGCCCACUUAAGGUGGUUCCGGCGCUCAUUUUCCCUAAAUAUAUAAACAAAAUGCUAAAUAUAAGGACAUUGCUGGUGGAGGCGCCCAACGAAUUCAUAUUUGAUUUGACGAGACAUAUGGUGGAGAAGAGACGCAACGGUGAGAAAAGUAACGAUUUCUUGCAACUACUCGUCGACGCCAACGCCGCCGAUAAUAAUAAUAAUAACAACAACAAAGACCUGUCGGACGAUAAGAUAGACUCCCAUCACUUCAUUGAAGGCGAAGACGAAAUCGCGGCCGCGAAGCGAACUUUUAACACGAAUUUCGCGAACAAAACCCUAACCGAGGAUGAGAUCAUAGCCCAGUCGUGGCUCUUCUUAUUGGCCGGUUUUGAGACAACGGCCACCACUUUAGGGCACUUGUCGUACGAGUUGGCCCUCAAUCCGGACGUCCAGGAGAAGCUCCACAAUGAGGUGAUCAAUGCGUUUGAUUUGGACGGAAAGAUCAAUUACGAGACCCUCCAGAGUCUGCCGUAUUUGGAUGCUGUCAUCAGUGAGACCCUGCGUAUGUAUCCGGCGUUGGCGAGACUGGAACGGGAGGCCGGCGAGGAUGUUAAGUUGGGCGACACCGGUAUCACCGUACGUAAGGGCCAAAUGAUCGAGAUUCCCGUCUAUGCCAUACACCGGUCGGAAAAGUACUACAAAAACGCCGACACAUUCACUCCCGAGAGGUUUAUGCCGGAAAAUCGCAAGGAUUUAGUGCCCUAUGCCUACAUGCCCUUUGGCACCGGCCCUCGCAAUUGCAUUGGUAUGCGGUUUGCCUUAAUGGAGAUCAAGCUCUGUAUCGCUCACAUCGUGAAAAGUUUUCGGUUCACGAAGUGCGCCGACACUGAAAUGCCCAUCAAAUUCAUGAAUCUAACGCCUUUGAUGGCCGCCGAGAGUAUUACACUUGGCAUUGAAAAGCGAUAAAAGACCUCGGCGUUUCAUAACAAACAAUUUUAUAAGCAUAUCAUUAGUCUUGAUAAGAAUUUUUUUAUUAACAUACAGUACUAACAUAGUAUAUCAUUUGUAUAAUAAACCUGUGUACCGUAAUAUCAUUUAUCAGUCGCACUUUUUUGUCGAUAAUAUAAAUAAAGCCAAUCAUUAUUACAAAAAAUAAAUGCACUUUUAAAAGUUGAUAUACA